AAUUUUCAUUGUUGCGGAUCGGACGCGAUUUGAGAAAAGUUCUCACAUAUAGUCUUUCGCCACUACCGCCACCGCCACAAGUUUAUAUUAAAUAGAAUCAUCUACUAUAGACGCGUUCGCGUUCGUAUUCAUUUGUUUUAAUUUCAAGUUCAAAUCUAGAAAAAAAGUAAUAUUCAAGUUCAGAAGAAAGCGUCGUCGUCGCCUCCCGGCAUAGAUCCGCUUAUAGCUGUUUUUCAGUUAUUCAUAUUAAAUAAUUGAUAUAUUUUCUAAUAAAAUACAAAAGAAUUUAGAACAUAAAAGAAUACAACAAAUCAAAACAAAAAAGGCCAAACCAAAAAAGCCAUAAAAUUGACAAAAUCAAAAAUAAAAAAAUAAAAUUACGCACCUACCAAAAGAACAAAUUGAAAAAUGGAUGAAAAGAGGCUAACCGAGAAUAAUAAUGUUCGAGUUUACAAUGAAACAACAAAACCGUCGAAGAAAAAACGACGCGAUAAAAGCGACUUAGGUGACAAUUUUGUCGCCCCCGAUGGUGGGUGGGCCUGGGCUGUCUGCCUUGCAGCAGGCGUAUCCAAUUUAUCGAUCUUUCCUUGUUUCCAACAAUUUGGACUGGUUUAUCGAGCUCGACUCUACAGUCUGGGAUUUAAAGGAUCUCAAAUUAGUACAAUUAUAAAUAUUACCAUGGCAGUAUCAGCACUUACAGGUCUUAUAAAUGGAGCAAUGUUUCGACGUUUCACAUUUCGACAAGUUGCCAUUGCAGGUGGAUUUUUUCUUACUAGUGGCAUUUUUGUAACCGCAUUUUGCUCCACAUUAAUACAGUACAUCAUAUUUUUCUCAAUAUUUUUUGGUUUCGGACUUGGAAUUAAUAUGUCAGCAACAUCCCUUGCUGUGAACACCUAUUUCCAGCACAAGCGACGUCAAGCAACUGGAUAUUCAUGGACAAUAACUGGUCUGGGACCGAUUUUUUUCCCUCACAUAGUUACCUGGGCUUUGAGUGCUUAUGGUGUUCAAGGAACUAUUUUUAUUUUAGCAGCUGUAUCCAUGAAUGCCAUUGCUUCUGCUUUGGUCCUGCAACCAGUCUUAUGGCAUGUCAAGCCACAGACAAAGCCCGAAGCUGAAGCUCUAGCGCCUGAGCCAGAACAUGAAUGUAAAUACUGUUUGGCAAAGAAGCGCAAGAGGAGUAUGUUUUCCAGCACCUACACCUUUAACGAUGACGACGAAGAUAGACCUGGAUUGGAAAUUAUCACAGAACCCUGCACUCCAAUGUUGUCACGUGCCAAUGAUGGCUACUUCGGAUCCAAGAUCUCGCUAGCAACUGACGCAAAUCAAGCUCCACGAAAGUUACAGAGACAUUUUUCCAUCAAUUCUCAGCGUGAUCAGGCAAGCCUCCGAAAUGACUCCUUUUCAAAGCCAAACUACUUUAACCAGGAGAGAGAAGAACAAGAUCGUUACCUCAGUAAAACAAAUAUAUUCUCAAAGUCGGGAAAUGGUGAAUUCAAGUGCACUUGCGCGGAGGAGAAGGUUCUCCUGCAAAAGCAAAUAGCUGCUGAAAAAGAUCUAGGAAAAUCAGAAGUUGAAGCUGAGAUAGAAAAACGCCUGACUUUCAUGCAAAAAGCUGUGAGAUUCUUUGACUUGGAUCUCCUGAGAGACAUCACAUUUGUCAAUUUAGUCCUCGGUAUGGCUGUGAUACUUUUUGGCGAGGCCAACUUCUCAAUUCUAACACCGUUCAUCUUGAACGAUUUUAAGUUCAGUGAUUCAGAAACAUCGACAGCAAUGUCCCUGAUUGGCAGUAUGGAUCUUGCGGUAAGAUUCUUAGCCCCAUUUGCCCUGCAAAAGAUCAAACUUGGCAAUAGAAUUCUAUUUUCCUUUGGAAUUAUUUGUAUCUGCCUGGGAAGGUUCUUCAUUACAAUGGUCAAGACUCCUCAAAGUCUGAUGGUAGUGGCAGCGUUAGUUGGUAUCGGUAAGGGUUUCCGAACAAUCUUUGCUCCGCUGAUUCUUUCGAGUUAUGUACCUUUAAAUAGGCUGCCUGCUGCUUCAGGACUUCAGUUGAUCGUGAAUGGAAUCUUCACAUUUGCUAUCGGGCCAAUUGUUGGUAUAAUCACCGAUGCCACAAGUUAUCGAGGAUCUAUUCAUUUUAUCAACUCAAUGACAGCUAUUGCGCUACUUUCUUGGGCAUCCGAAGCGUUGUGUCGAAAAAUUCUGCACAAGAACAAAGAACGACAAGUUGAACAAACCUAAAGAAAAAGGGAAGAAAUUUCGAUACAAAAAUCUAUGGAGAAAAAGAAAAUUUCGACAAAAUGGUCAACAUCACAUCAUUCUAAGGAGACAUUUUUGGCCAUUAUUUUUCCUGCACAUAUGGCAAUGCGCACAAUUUUCGAUACGAACACGAGAACAAAAAUGUUCAAUAAUGACAGUAAUGAAAUUCCACUUAAGUGCUAACUUAAUUUUUAACAUUGAAACAUAAGUUUUUAAAUAAAUUGUAAGAUAUUAUGUGUAUAUUAAUAUAAGAUUAAUGGUGCAACUCUUAUUGUGUUUUAUAGUUUUAAGGAUCAAAGCCAAGUUUGAAAAGUAGUUUUAUUUUAAAAAGUGCAAUGAAUAAGCAUAAAGCUUAGUAAAUAUUUGUCUGUAAAUAAAAAAACAUAUACAAAAAUGUAAAUAAAAUAA